AUGUCGUCCAGAGAAAAUUUGGCUAAUGAAACUUUCUCUUCUGAAAUUUGUGGAGAUUUUGAAAAAUAUACGUUAGCACGAUUUGUAUUUCUUACGAUUGCUUCAUCGAUUGCUUUACUUGGAACGCUUGGAAAUUUAUUGUUGAUCUAUAUAUUUUCAAUGCGAAAAUAUCCAAAUACACCACCUACACUAUAUCCGACAGUAUUGGCAGUUCUCGAUGCAUUAAUUUGCUUUCUUUAUAUAUUGUUGUUCGGUGCUGACGCAGCUGUUGUUUUUCUUCAUGUUCGAAGCUUAUUCAUCCUCUACCACAUAUACAUAGUACCUGCUUAUGUUGUUAGUCGAAUAACGCAACUAGCUAUUCCUUAUAUGCUCAUUUUCGCAACACUUGAACGAUUGGUGUGGAUAUCAGGCAAAUUGAAGAAUUUGAUUUUGAAACGAAUGUAUAGUAUGAAAGGUCGUCAACUAACUGUGAUCAUAUCAUUGACUUCUUGCGCAAUUUUACGUCUGCCAACAGUUUUUGCUGUCGUGGUGCAUCACUUUCCAAAUUGUAGUGAUUUUUUCCGAAGUGAAAGUACUGGUCCUGCAGAUUGGGUUUUAGAAAGUAGUGCUUAUCAUUUCUUCGAUUUUCAUUUACUGUCAAUUGCACAAACAUUUAUUCCAUUUUUUGUGCUCGUAAUUUUUAAUGCGCCUAGCAUUUCAGCAUCGAAUGUUAGUUUAGCAGCCUCAUUAAAGAAGAAAGCAGUUCGAAAUGCUAUAUACACAAUGUUGGCCAUAGCAACAAGUUAUUUAAUGAGCAAUACGCUUCAUUUGAUCCUAACCAUACUUGAAAGGUCUAAAACAUCUAUAUUGCGUGAUCCAGUUGAUCCAAACCUUGCUUCAUCAUUUCAUACAGCUUUUUCUGAUACAGUCAGUUUUGUGUAUAUGUUCACAAGCGCUAUUCGAAUUGUUAUUUAUUACGUUUGUAAUCCAGCAGUACGAGAAGAUCUCCAACAAAUGCUGCAUCGAAGCUCAAAAACAAAUAGAUCCGUUGACAAUUUAUGA